AUGGGCCCUCUCGUAGUAGUGGUGGUGUGGCGUACUUUACUGGUGGCCAUGCAUGUAGAGGAGGAUGUGUCAAUCAAAGGAUGCCUUUCACAAUUGUCUCAAAUUUCCAAGCAAGGUACCAAGGGUUACAGGCUAACCGAACAACACAAGCUAGCUAGAGUGGGUAAAACUCCAACAUAUGUGUCAGUUAUUGGGUCUGUACCUGAAGUGGUCCGGGAAAUACAGCAUUGGGGAAGUGGCGUUAGGGUGAUAACAGAGGAUGAUUGCGUUUACGAAGCUAACUACGUCAUUGUGUCUGUUAGCAUUGGUGUUCUCCAAAGUGACCUCGUUGCCUUUAAUCCACCCUUGCCCAGAUGGAAAUUGGAAGCCAUACAGAAAUGUGAUGUAAUAGUGUACACCAAAAUUUUCUUGAAGUUUCCAUAUCAGUUCUGGCCAAGUGGACCCGGAAAGGAAUUCUUCAUAUAUGCCCAUGAUCGGAGAGGCUACUACACAUUUUGGCAGCAAAUGGAAAACACAUACCCUGGCUCUAAUAUCCUGUCCGUCACAUUGACAAACGGGGAAUCAAAACGUGUGGAAGCUCAAUCGAAUGAAGACACUUUGAAAGAAGCUAUGGAGGUGCUCAGGGAUAUGUUUGGACCCAACAUACCUGAUGCCAUUGAUAUACUCGUUCCUCGAUGGUGGAAUAACAGGUUUCAACGUGGCAGCUACAGCAACCAUCCCAUUAUCUCUAAUCUCCAACUAGUUCGUGAUGUUAAGGCUCCAGUAGGUCGCAUUUUCUUUACUGGAGAGCACACGAGUGACAGAUUUAAUGGCUACGUGCAUGGUGCAUACCUCGCAGGUAUUGAUUCCAGCAAAGAGCUACUAGAAGAAAUGCGAAAGAGUCAAACUCUAUUUUUAAAGCCCUUGCUAGCAUUGACCGAAAGCAAUAUUCCUAGACAAUUAUAUCUCACGGGCAAGCUUCGGGUAGCAGAUGCCAAAUUAUGA